AUGGAGAAGGCAUAUUAUGCUGAAUUUGGUGAUGUUAUCUCGUUUGAUGCGACUUUCCGAACAAACAAGUACCGAAUGGUUUUUGUUCCGUUUACUGCUAUUGACCAUCAUAAAAAAUCGGUUAUUGUUGGAUCUGGGUUGCUAGUCAAUGAAAGCAUUGAGUCUUACUCUUGGUUUCUUAAAGCAUUUUUUAAAACUCAUGGGAAAGAACCAACACUUGUUUUAACUUAUCAAGAUGCUGCAAUAAAACAAGCUGUUGAGAAUAUAUCAGAUGAUUUGUUUACAAACAUAGACUUUAGAAAAAGGUUUUCGAAGCUUGUUUGGGACAUUAAUAUGAAACCUGAUGUUUUUGAGGUGAAGUGGGGUUUGCUUAUGAAUGAAUUCAAUCUUGAAGACACAAGAUGGUUUAAAGACAUGUUUACAAUACGUGAUUCAUGGAUACCUAGAUAUUUUAGUGAUAUUCCAAUGUGUGGUUUGAUGAAGACUACAUCAAGGUCAGAGAGUAUGAAUUCAUUCUUUAAUACAUAUUCAGAAAGUGGGAACUUACUUUUGAAUUUCAUGAUGAAUUACGACACUGCCAUUCAAAAGCAAAGGAAUACUCAACGAGAGCUUGAUAAGGUUGAAAUGAAAGCUGAAGAGAAAGAAAUAAAUUGCAGUUGUGAACAUUUUAAGUGUAUGAGUGUUUUAUGCAGACAUGCUUUUACAAUAAUGAUGAGAUGUGGUGUUAAAGAAAUUCCUAAAAGGUACUUUUUAAAGAGAUGGAGAAAGGAUGUGAUAUCAAGAAAUUAUCGUUUUAGUUCUGUUCAAUCCGAUUCAAGUGAUUGUGAGAAUGUAAAGCUAGUCAAUGAUUCUUAUUAUAGUUUUGAAUCAUGUUUGGAUAUUGUAAGAGAUGACAAAAAGAGAUUGACUUUGUUUGCUGAGAAACAACAAAUGUUGUUGAAGGAAUUUGAGAUUGAUUAUAUUUCUCCUGGAUUGAAAAGCAAGACAGAUGGUGAAGUAGUAUGCAAGCUUUUGGGUGUUACUAUUCCUAUUCUAGAAGAGAUUAAUAUUCAUGUUCCUGAAGUUCAAAGCAAUAAAGGUUCUGGAAUCAAGAAAAGAAUUCCAAGUACAGGUGAAGUAGCAUAUGAAAAUUCUAAAAAAGAACACAGGAUGUGUUCAGGAUGUGGAAAGCGAGUUCCACACAAUUUACGUACUUGUCCAGAAAGAGUUGGAGCUGCUAAAUCAGCAAAAGACAGUUAG